GUUGUUUUGUUAAUAGAAGCGUCAAAAGGAUCGGAAAGGUGUGCUUCGCACGUGUUUCAAUCUUUUUCUGAAUUGCAUUAUUUACGGGGAUCGUAUAAAUUCGACGUACAAAAUGAGUGAUAGUGAAAACGAUGCGGCUGAGAUGCUGGAGGAGAAAAGGUUAGGAACGUGUGAGGCAUGUAAUACUAAUCCCGCGAAAUACGCCUGUCCGCGAUGUGAGGUUAAAACAUGUAGUUUAUCCUGCCUCAACUUGCAUAAACGGGAACUGAAAUGUGAUGGUGUCCGCGACAAAACCAAGUACAUACCGUUGGCUAAAAUGACCAAAAUGGAUCUCAUGAAUGAUUACUACUUUCUGGAAGAGUGCACGAAGUUUGUGGAGGAUCGAAAGCGAGACAAGAACAAAGGAUAUACGCGAUACAACAAAAAUUUACCGUCUCAUCUGUUUCGAUUUCGACAAGCCGCAUAUGAUCGCCAAACUACAUUAAGAUUUUUGCUACAGAACUUUACGAAACGCCAGAAAAAUACCAGCCAACUCGACUUCAAAACUAGCACUAUCUUCUGGCGUGUCGAAUGGUGUUUUCCUAUCGGCAAUGAAGCUUUGAUGUUCGUUGACGACAGAAUAUGCGAAAAUGUGAAAUUGUAUGAUGCUAUCAAUAAGUAUCUUAAUCCAGAUGCGCAAGAAUCAGUAGCAGGGCUAUCAAAACUCACAAACUAUCAAUCUCGUGGUAUAUCCGGUGUUCAGUUAUUAUUGAAAGCUGAGGGAAUCAAACAGUGCCGAAACAGGUUUUUUCCUUUGGAUGUUAAAAAUACGAUUAGAGAGUGUCUUGCCGGUAAAACUUUAGUAGAGUAUCCGACUAUCUACGUAAUUCUCGGGGAACAUCUUCAAGAUUACAAUGUAGUUGAAAGUGAUGAUGAUGUAGAAAAUGAGACUCGUCAACAUAUUUAUGAUAUGAAUAAAUCUAGUGAUAACCCAAGUCGACCGGAGCAACCCAUCGCUGCCGACGUAAUUGCAGGACAGUUAGAUCAAAUGAAUAUUGAUCGAUUUGAUCACGAUACGCGCAAAGCCAGUGGAAAUCAGUCACGUCAAAAACCAGUACAGAUGAACUUUCUGUUUAGUGAAGAAAAUAAUGCAAAUGAACCUUCAUCUGAUUCAGAUGAAGGCAAUUUAACAGAGGAGGAGAACACUCAUAACACCACAAAACGACUCAAGAUUACCGAAUGAAACGAUAUCGGUCAAACGCUACACUGAAUGUCGAAUUUUUUGUGCUGUGCAAAGUAAAAUGUUAUAAUAUGAUAAUGAAGUUGAUCAAUGUGAAGUAAAUCAUUGAAAUGAAAUAAAACUGAAUAUUUGCAAAA